AUGUCAGGUUAUCAAGAGCUUUAUCCAGAGGAAAGUCCCAUUAAAAAGAGAGUCAAUUUCAAAGAUACUACCGAAACUAGGUUUUUUCCAAAAGACAGAGAAAAUUCAGAUCUUCUAGCUAGAGCAUCUGGAAUGAGUAAGAUCUUGUUUAAGAUUGUUUUGUAUGGGGGUGGAUUAAUCCUAGGAAUAUAUUGUGCUUAUCUUUUGUUGAUGGGAAUAAUUUUUACCUUCUGUUUCAUGUUGAUAUUCUUGAUUAAAGCAACUGGUGGGUUUUUGGGUUUAAUAAAUAAAGAAAAGGCUAUAGAGAGUAUCGACAGAUUUGGAUAUUGGAUAGUUGGUGCUUGA